AGAGAGAGGUUUGAAUGAAAGCAGUGAGAAGAGGAAAUGAUCUCACAGGUACAGGGGAAGGUGGUAAAAGCAUAUAUGAAGAACCAUUUAAAGACGAAUUUCAUACAAGAUUACAUUUUCGUCGACGAGGUUCAAUUGCCGUGGCAGAGAUGACAAUGAAUCCCAAUUCUUCUUUACUCUUGGUUCUACACCAGAAUUACAGAAUAAACAUAGAAUCUUUG